GAGUGCUCGCCCCUCCCCUCCCUUCCUAUAGGAGGAGAUUUCCGGUGCUGUGUGAGAGGUGACCCUGGGACCGGUGCCAUGUCGGUGUGGUUGGGUCGGCUGUGUGUGUCAGUGAGGACGGUGUGUGCUCAGUAUGUCGGCGGAGGGGGAGCGAUCCGGGCACACCACCCAGCAUUAAGCCCAAGAUGGCAUAUGGUUCGCCAUUUAUCUGUUACUCCUGGCUUGACUAUUAAAUACGAGGAGCUGAAGGACUUGCUGAAGAAUGAUGGAGUUGUUCUUAUUGAUGUUCGGGAACCCUGGGAAAUUAAAGAAUAUGGCGUUAUUAAGGGAGCAAUAAAUAUUCCAUUGGGUGAUCUACAAGCUGCAUUACAACUGACCCCAAAGGAAUUUGAAGUGAAAUAUCAUAAAAAUCUUCCAGAAAAAUCCAAUACUGUAGUGUUCUCUUGCCUGGCAGGCAUUCGAAGUGGUAGAGCUUUAGAAGUAGCAACAUCACUGGGUUACAAUCGGGUCCAUCAUUAUUCAGGAGGCUUUGAUGACUGGACUAAGCAUGAAGCACCAGAAAAAACACAAUGAGCCACAGCUAAUUUUUAGUAUUCAUUCAAAGAACUACUUAAGAUACACUUUUUACAUGUUGUUAAUGUCACAGAGAGCAUAAUGCAUUAUAACUCAAUGUGUAGCCACGUGCAAUAUGAAUGUAUCCCUUAAAUAUUAUUUUUUUUCUUCUACACUGGGUUGUGCCUCAGAAUGACCAAAGAACUAUAAUACAUUAUUGAUGAUUUG